CAUUUCCAGGUGAGCCCUUUGUGCCUGACAGUGUGGUACAGGUGGCGUUAAUGGUCGAGGCAGACCUUGGACCACCCUCCUGGCUGGUGGGGGAAUGCCAAGGGGUGCUGGCCCAUGAAAACAUAAAAGAGCAGCAUUGAGUGAGAGAGAAGGCACUGCUGCCUGCCCUGCAGACUGACCCCACUCCCAGCCACAGAUGAGAAGUUCAGCCAAGCAGGAAACUGGGCACGGACAAACCCAUCUGCUGGCAUCCAGAGAAAGAGUAAGUCGCUGUUUUGGCUCUAAAGGAGGGGAGAAAUAAGAGAGAAAUAUUUAAUAGCUUUUAUUUUUAUGAAUGAGGCUGUUUCCCUUUCUAGUAACUCUUCUUAGCAGGUAUUUGUGUUUCAAUUUUGUUGCUUUGUAAUCGAGGUGAAGUAACAGAUUCUGCAAAAUUUGCCUUUCAUGUGUUGCAAUUGUUUAUACGCUGUAUCUGUAUGCUUAAGAUAAUAAUUAAUAUUUUUAUGAAUAAUAACCAUAAAGAAUGGUGGAGAGAUUUUGCUCCGUUUUGCAAAGACUCCUUUAGGCAAAUCUUAAAAGGGACAGGAAUUUUCAUGGGAAUUAUUCCAGCUCACGGGGUUUGAGACAUUUUAUUCAGUUAAAAUUGCCUUGAGAAGAGCAUUGGAAGAGAAGGCUCAAGCAAAGUGCAUUUAGGACCUCUGUUUUAUUCUGCCAUUUAAUUUAUAAAUAAAGUCAGUGAUAUAGAAAGGACAAACUAAAGUAAAUAUACUAUUUCUAUGUAGCUCUGGAGUCUCAAUGGCAAUGACAACAUCCACUGUCUGAGUGAACAGAGCUAUCUGGCCCCAAGGUGCCCUGCUCCAGAGUUUCAGUCUCCAGCUGCUUAGCCACCACUAAUAUCUCAUACCAGAUUUUGAUCAUGUAGCUUUCUGCUCUGACUUUUUUCCCCCCUAAUUUAGGACCCAAACAAUAGAAAAUUAAGUGCUACAAUGUUAGAAUGGGUACUGGGAAAUAACCAAAAUUGCACUCAAGCUUUCUUUCCUAAAAUUCACUCAGUUUAAGUGCUCUUGUUCCAGGGAGUAGUUGGUUUGACAUUAAAAAAAAUGAAAAUUUAAAAAAGUCUUUUAAAAAUAAACGUGUUGAAGUGCUCAGCUUGAGCCACCAAAGGUAGGUUUUUGGACAGUGCUGACCACCCAUCCUUGGGACACCUGGCUUCCCAGAAGGUAUCUCUUUCUGCAGACACAUGAAUAAAGGGGGCUUUGACUAUGCAUACCUUACAAUUACAGAAGUACUUCUAGUAUGACAAUACAAUUGUGUAUUCGUGAGCCUGCACAUUCAUGCUUUAUGCAUGGCUAUACACUUGUGGGUUUUUUUGAAUACUUGGACUUUAAAUCCCAGAGAGCACAACUCCACCAAUCAUUCUACCUUACAUCUGUGCAAAACAGUUCUCUCCUCCCAGGCUGGUAAAUCUUUAUAACACUUCUUUCUCACUUUUUAUUUAUGUAAAUGCUUAUCCUGAUGCAAUUCAAAUACCCAGGUCUGUGUGUGUCUGCCUUCCCAGACAGCAUGUACUGUGCACACCUCCAAGCUGGAAUAGCUCCAAGUGUGUUCUGGCAAAGCAAAUCCUGCCACUCAUCCUGGUCCCCUACUCUUUAUUAGGAAAAGUGCAGGCUGCAUGUACAAAACACAGCAUGAAAAUGAAGUUCUUGCACAUGCCUCCUUUCUGUUCUCUUAGGGUUGGGAAUAAUCAGGCUGUGACCUGCUGAGGGUGCCCUUCAUCUGGGGGAAAAAGGGAGGUAUCACCACUCCCCGUUCUUUGGGAGAUGUCCUCCUUUCCCUUGAGUUUUACCCAUAAUUCUGCCUCCCUGUUGCAUGUCACAGCCUUCCCCGCUCUAACAUUUGCCUCUGCUGUGGACAGAAGCUCUGCAUAGGAUGGACAGGCUUGAGGAUUUUACAGAAGUGUUUAUAGAUGAAUUGCCUCUCCUGGAGUCUGUAUACACCUGAAAAUCAAAAUAUCCAUCCAGUGAACAUUUCAAGGGUCAGUGUGUUGUUCAAGUUCAGUGCUACAGUACUGCCUAUUUUAUCUUGCAUUUUUAUCUUGCUAGGAAGGAAUUUGUUCUGCUACACUUGAGAGCUCCACUGCUACAACCUAAUGCCAGUAGCCCAGUCUUCAGCUGCACAAGCAGAUGCAAAUAUAAUUUUCAAGCUAUUGACAACAAGAAUGAAUCAUGCUGCAGCCUGAAAGGCUGUAGAACUUCAGCUCUGAUCACAAACUUAUUUGCCUCAAUUUAUCUAUGGACUAACUAAAUAAGUACAGUAUUUGUUUAAGCAAAGAGAUGGAAAACAAAAUUCCUCUCAGCCAUCAGCCCACUUAGGGAAUUCCUAAAAUUCCCAUGGAGUAAAAACAGCAAAUCCAGCAUUUUGUUUUUCUGAAGGCCGCAGUCUCCCUAGGGCUUUCUGUUCAGAUUAUGUAGCUAGUCUGCAGUCAGACUCAGGUUAGGCUUAUUCAGGGACUGACUCAUUGCAUUUUCCUGUAAUCUUGUUUUUUAACACCUGCUCAGUUCAAAAUGCUAUUUUGAUCUAAGUUGGGUGGGUUUGCUAUUCAUCCUGUGUACAUUACUCAAGCUGCACAAGUAUAGAUUUAAACUCCUCUUUGCUUAAUACACCACUUUCAGAUAGGUGUAUGUUAGCACAAAUGACCAAAGAUGGGUUUUAAUUAGUUUUUUUUUCUGAAGAAAGAAUGGAAGAAAUCAAUUUUAUAGGCUUGGAACUUCCAUUGAAUAGAAUAAACUUUCCACGUGACAGUAGCAUUCUCACACAAUACUCAAAGCUUUUUAUUGCUUUUUUGCAGUUUUUUAAUACACAGACCUGCAAUUAGAGGGAAAAAAAGUGGAAUUAUCAAAGCAGAUUUAAAAAACCUAAAAUGAUGCUAAUAUUAAAUAAGCACUGAAAAUCUCCUUUAACAGUCAAAACCUGUGAAGCAAAAGGAACAGGGAUGGANUAGAAAACUUUUGGGAAAACAUAUAAUAAACCAUGUGUUUCCAUGCUGGAAGAAGAAUACACAUCUAAAACCAUGCAAGGCUGAAACAAACAAACUAAUAAUUUUCUGCUGCUAUUUAUAUCUAGUCUGAAUUUCACCUGAUUUGCCCCCUCACUCAGGACAAAAAAUGAACAAAUUAUUUACUACAUUUAGAUCAUUCAAAAUAGGUUUUUUCAGAAGCAGUUUUUUUGCUUCCAGAAGUAUUUCCCUAAAAUACUUUCUCCCUAAAAUACUUUUUCCCUAAAAAUUGGUAUUUCUAAGCCCUGUCCAACCUGGCCUUCAACUCUCAGGGAUGUCUACGAGUAAAACAAUGGUAGCUUCAGACUUCAGCCACAUGAAAAUCAAGAAAUUAUGCCAAUCACCAAGGUCUUCUUGAUAAUUAACAUCUUCAGGACAAUUAAGUAUCUUUUGAUCUCGACCAUAUCUCACUUCCACUUACCCAUUUCCCAGAAAGUUGCAGUGGCAGUUUCUAUCAGAACUCUUCUUGUAAUUGCUAAAUCUUUACCCUCUGACACCAGAACUGAGGUAUCUUUAGUUCACAGAAACCAAAAUCCACACUUCAAAAGUUUUCAGAGGUGUUUUAAUGCUGUAAUUGGCAGGUAACUGCUGGGAAAACAUUCUCAGCUCUUUGAAGAGUUGGAUAAACUAUCAGUAAUUUCCAUGAGGUAGCAAUAUGCUACCACUGCUCAGUUAAUUUGGGUGACAGCUUAUCCUGGCAUAAGAAAAGACCUCUUGGGUAACACAGUCUAAUUACUAUUCAAGGCACUAAUGUGUUCUUAUACACAGAUUUCUUGCUUCAUUCUCACACACUAAGUGCUUGCCACACCGAUUCUGGGAAGCCAGGUGGGGUGGUGGUGGUGAAAGUGCUCAGCAGUUUAUCUCCUAGUUUUACUGUCCUGCUUUUUCUACUUCUAAUUGUAGGUCCCAAACUGGAGCAUGUAAAGAUUAAAAGGACAGGAAUGUAGGCUUUAUCUCGAAUUUACCCAUGCAGGGGUGGGGGAGUUUUUUGAAGGUUACCACUAGAACAAAAACUGACCAGUAACUCAUAAAAGGAAACAUUGAAAUCACAGGGCAUAAUUUCAAAACAUGGUGUAAUUUUUAGCUGACUAUAUGAAACCAACUUAGAACAAAUACCAGUGCUGCUGAGUGGAGGGCAUGCAUUAUUUGAACCAUGGUUGUCUGGAAUGUCAUUAGAAAUAAUACCACCUUGGAGAAACCAAGUUGUUAGAAUAAACCACCAUCAAAAAAAAAAGAUUUUUUGCUGGACGUAUUUACCAAAGUGAUAUUAUUUCUGCUGGAGGUCAUCUUGCAGCCUGGUAGAGCUCUAGAUUCUUUUAAUCGAAAGUUUAAACCAAACCUUCAGCAGUAGUCCAAGACCCUUUCAGUGCAUGCCACAUUUAGGCUAUGGAGUCAUUCUGUGUUUUAAUAAAAAUGUAUUUAUUAAUCAUCUCACUCAUAAUUUAAAAGUUCAAUCACUUUUGGUAUGCAAAUGUGUUACCAGUUUUAUUACUCCAGCCACUUUCUAGCUUUGAUGAACACUGGGUAUAAGGCUGGACAAGAAUGAUGGUCUAAACCAGCUGUCUUGGACAAUUAUAUGAAAAUAAAAUGCAAACCAGCCCUUCUUAGCUUGAGCUUCUGUAUACAAAGGAGUUAUUCUUUUCAUAAGAACAGAUACAUAAAAACAGGUAGGUUUUGGUUACCCAUCAGUGAAGGAAGAGCAUCCAGAUAAUUUGCCAAGUUCAGAUUUGAAAGCCUAUUCUUGUUUCCUGAGUUCAAAAGUCCUCUAAUAUAAACUAGAAAGCUGAAAAAGGCUUCUAUAAUUUUUACAGAACUUCUAUACCUGCUAUGCAAAAUUGUAAAAUCCAUUGUGCCAGGUGGCUGAGACUUUAAAUAGUUGUACUAAUUAUACUGGAAGUCUAGCUAAAUUGUACUAAAAAGUUAGGGAAGAGAAGAAGGUAUACCCACCAGUUUUCCCUAGAAAAUUGAACAGAAAAUCUUGACAUUUAGCAAAAUCUGCUGCAUUCUCUGUGCUUCUAUAGGUUAUGUCUAAAACUAUUUUGCUGAGUUCAAGGGAUACAUUAUCUCUGUUAAGGGAAGUGGGUAAUGCUCAGAGAGCGACCAUGGUGGAAAGAUGUACCACACACACCAUAUUUGACAGUUUUCUGAAAUACUCCAUCUUUUUAAUUUUGGAGCUGAUGGAGAACAGAACUACAACAGGCAAGAAAAUCAUCCCAUAUUUUAUAUAAUCGUAAUGGCAAUAUUACAAAAAAGAGCUCUGUGUAUCUCCAAGAGCCCUACUGGAGGCAGUUCUCCCAUCCCUAAAAAUUAAACCAAAUAAUUUUCCAAGCCUUAAGCAGUGGUGACAGCAAUGUGGUUUUAUUAAGAGCCAUAUAAUGCUCUGUAGAUUGUUGUCAGCUUAAGAAAAGAUGCAUUGUAGGUAACUCUCACACUUCACAGACACAUAACCUGCAGAAUAUAUUUCACUUCUUGCAUAUCCCUCACCAAAGCCACACAGAAACUACAUCUCAAGAACUGCAAAGGAAUAGUUCUGAUUUGCAGGGAACAGAGAAGAAUAGAAGUAUUUCUGGAGUUUAAAUUUCCUAGAAUGCUAGAAUUUAUAAUUUUGUUUGGAUUCUGAUGGAUGGAGCCCAAAUGUUAUCAGCUAAGCUAAACCUGAUUGGUUGGCUGCAAACCAGUACAGAACUUUAAAGGUUCUCCACUCUUCAGGUACUGAGAAAAAUAAAGGAAGCAAGAGGUAAAACUAAUGAGGAUGCAUCAAAGUAUUUUAGUCUAAUGUUUUAUGAAUAUUAAGCCCUCAAAUGCUAAGUGGGAAAAGCAGUAUCAAUCCUUUUGACACAGGUGGGAGUUUGAAUCUCUUUUACGUAGGCCAAACACAUGUCAAUAUUGUGUAGGAUUUCUUGCAAAUACUGCCUCCAACACAGAAAAAUCGAAAUAAUUUCAUUUAGUUGUGAAACUGUGUUGGUAUUACAGAUUUCUGGUCUGUCACAACUGUUAGCCACUGUUAAGGACUGAGAAAAGAAGCAGUGUGGGGGUCUAGUAAUAGGAUUUCCAAUGUGAUUAAAUGCUUAGAUAGUGGAACCAUUUCAAGCAAUAAUGAUACCACAACAUCUACAGCUUGAGUGAGUCUGACCUUUGGAGUUAAACAUAAGCCAGCAGCUGGACUGGAAUUUCUGGUACAUUCCACAACAUAGAUUAAAUAUUUGAUUAAAAAACUUAAAUGUCUGCAUCCUUCUGUCAUGGUUUGGGAAUGGUAUUCUCCAUUUCAGUACUCCUACUAAAAAAGCCUCCCACACUCCCCUUCCCCCAGCCUGCCACAAAAGGCAAAGCUCAUGGGUUGAGAUAAGAACAGUUUACUGGAAAAAGCAAUGAAAUAAGAAUACAAACAGGAACAGGAAUAUUAAUGACAGAAAUCUACAAAACUGUAGGUGUAUUGCCAUGUUUUCUGAAGUGCUGCAGACAAACAUUCUGGAUGUGAAUCAAUCUUUUUACAUAAGGACCAAAUUUUGUCCAGCAUGUGCCCUACUGCUGCUUUCACUAGAACCUGUCUUUGGUCAAAAUUUGUCUCUAAUGCUUCUUGGUGCUUCAAAACAGUUACAUCAACUUAGACAAACUUUCCUACAUCUUUAUAAUUUGUGUUAAGAAACUGCACUGUGCUUGAUUGCCUAUACCAUCAUAUGUCAGGAAAACACAGAUGCUCCUGGUAAAAUUCAACUCCACUCUGAAAACCAAAGGGCUGGCAGCUGAGGAUCCAAGAGUCCCAACAAACAUGCUCCUAACCAUUUGAGGUUACCCAUGGCUGGGAUGGAAACUUACUCCAUUGCCAUAGGUAAAGCCAAGUGAUCUAAAUCACAGUAAAAGGAGGAGACACUUGGCAGCUUGGCACCAGUGCUAAUGAAGCCAAUAGCCUACCCUGCUUUCUCCAUUUGUCUGGCUCUCAUUUUGGCCAGAUUCCUUGGCAUACACAUCAGUUUUGUGAGAAGUCAGAAGAACCACACGCUAAUUUUCACUAAGGAAAACACAAUUCGCAACUGCAGCUGUUCUGUGACUAUCCGUGACUGUGAUUACUGCCUGGCAAACUUGAUGUGCAGCUGCAAAACAGUGCUGCCUUCUACAAUGGAAAAAACUACCUACAACAGCCACCUGACCAUCUGGUUCACAGACACCUCUGUGCUGGAGAUGGUCCUCAACUUCACAAGGGUGUGGGAUUUGAAGCUGUCUUUCUGUGGCACCACUCCUCUCCCAACAGAAUAUUUGGCCAUUUGCGGACUUCAAAAGCUCCAGGUAAACAAGGUCAAGGGACAAUUUCCAGAGCAGAGCGUAACCAUCUCCAGCAGCAGCAACAAUGAUAAAGAGGACUUGCUUGAGGUGGACAAAAAAGACGGGCAAAUGCUUGCACAUAUUUCUUUUCUGGAUACCUCACUUUUCAAUGGAUAUUCAUUGCUGAAGUCAUACAGUGUGGAAAACGUCUCUAGUAUCAUGAAGCACUUUCCCAGCCUGCUGUACUCUGAUGUUUUCUUCACCUCAGACAACGAGAGCUAUGUUGUAACAUUCAUUUACUGAGUUAUUUAACACAGUCAGUAGUGAGAGGCAUGGGAGGCUGCUAAAAGUGAUGGAAUGCCUUUAAGUCUGUCUGGUGUGUCCAGGAGGAUGUGUUAGAGGACUGUGAGAAAACUCUACAAGGAGGCGUUUGAAGUAAGAGACUCAUCAGAUUAAUUCAGCAAACUCUUUCUUAAAGAACAAAGUAAAUGUGAAACAACUGUUUUCCAAA